AUGUUCCUCACUCCACAACUGCUCACACCAUCACCAAGUGCUCCUCUCCUCUCCCACUCGGCCUUACCAAAGACUGCCAUUAUCGCUCACGUCUCUCUCUCUCUCCUCGUCCCCCCUGACUUCAAGCUAGCGGCGUACACCAUCGCCGCUCAUGGGUCGCUACGCCGUCCUCGUCUCCGGCCCAGCAGGCUCUGGCAAAUCCACCCUCUGCUCCGCCCUCAUCGCCCACGCCAAUACCCUCGGCCGUACUAUCCACCUAGUCAACCUAGACCCCGCAGCAGAACGCUUCUCCUACACUCCCUCCAUCGAUGUACGUGAACUGAUCACACUUGAAGAUGUCAUGGAUGAGAUGAAGCUGGGACCGAACGGAGGACUGGUCUAUUGCUUUGAGUACCUUUUGGAGAAUCUGGAUUGGUUGGAUGAGCAAUUAGGAGGCUUUGAGGAUGAUUAUCUCAUCAUUGACUGUCCAGGUCAAAUCGAGCUUUACACGCACACCGCCCUCCUUCAAGGUCUCCUCACCUAUCUCUCCGUCUCCCACUCCUUUCGCCUCUGUCAACUCUACCUCCUCGAAUCUCACUUUGUCGAUGAAGUCAGCAAGUUCUUCGCUGGAACACUGUCGGCAAUGAGUGCAAUGAUCAAUUUGGAAGUGCCGUGGAUCAAUGUCAUGUCCAAGAUGGAUUUGGUAGAGAGGGGGGAGACGGCUAGUCGCUUGGGAAGGGGAUUGAGGGGAAAGAGGGAGAUGGAGAGGUAUCUCGACCCGGACCCUCUUCUGCUAACAGAAGAAGCCAACGCCUCGACCAACCCGCGCUUCCACUCUCUGAACCAGUCCCUCGUUCAAUUAAUCGACGACUUUGCCAUGAUCAACUUCAUGCCCCUCGAUGCCACUUCCGAAGACUCCGUAGGCGCUCUACUCAGCCAUAUCGAUCAUGCUAUGCAGAGUCAGGAAGACGAGGAGCCAAAGGAACCUAGGGAUAUGGAUAAGUUUGAAGUUGAUGAGGGAGGUGGAGAUGAAUUGGAGGAUGAUGAGACGAGGAUGGAGGCGAUGCUUGAGAGGGAAAUGGAGAGGAGGGCGGGAGGUGGAAUUGGAGAUGUAGAGAUUUAGAGGGUGCGGCACGCUUUUUCCCCCUUAGAGGGUCACAUUGUAAUUCUAGCAUACACACAUAUUCAUUCGGAAAGACUUCCUUUCACACAACUCCGGGUAUGUUACACGACAUAAUCAUCGUCGCCGAGCAGCGGCUUCCGGUCCUCUUCACUUUCCACUGCCGCAUCAUCUUCGUCGUCCUCUCCACCCUCCUCUUCUUUGACGCCACUGCUCGACUUAGCAGGUGGGGCACUCGCGCUUGUAGUCGGACCACUGGCGUUCUGAGUAAAGUAGACUCUGA